UCGUGGUGUGAAGAGAGACGACUAUGGCACGAAAGCUCCCACCAUGUGCGCAGCACGAGCUUUCUGCUGGUUUGAAGCUUUCUGGCGCGUGCGACGCCGCAUCGGCAUCCCAUCACACCGCAAGGCUCAGUCGAAAGCCCGUUGUCGUUGUUAUUGGUUCAGUUACUAGUUGGCAAAACGGUUUUUGUGUGUCGCGUUCGCGCAAUCUUGCCCCGGAAGGGCGCGGGAGAAGGAAAAAAAUCGCGACAAAGAGGAAGUAAAGCGUGCUUUCUCUUCUUGUUUUUUUUCCAUAUCCACACCACCUACAUCAUCCUUCCCUCACUCGAAGAAACAUCACCUUUUCUUUCCUCAUUGUCACGCGUUUUAUUUGUCGGUGUGUCACUUUUUGGUGUUCAACGCGAUACAAAAGAGAGAAAGGCUUUUGAGCUGCUGCAACAAAGGGGUGUGUGGUGAAAGCGGGAAAUUAUAAAGAGGGCUCUAAAUUCCAAAACGGUUCAAAAGAAAGGUCACAGCCUCCUGGCGGGCGCUUCGAGUCUGGCCCGCAAAAUGUCCAUUGUGCUGUGUAAUGUGGCCUCAUCGACCGGCGGUAGCAAUGAUAACAACAACAAUGCCGAUAACGCCAGCGACGACUCAAAUCCUGUCACAAUUUACAGGUGCCGAGCGCCAAUAGCGUCCCUUGACUGCAUGGAAGAGUUCAGUGGUACGGGCCAUCUUGAUUUCGGGCGCUCGAUCAGUCUCGGCUCCAAUCCAGCUCUGCCUCUGAGACACAGUACAAACACCACUCCGGGUCUUCGGUACAAGAAUCUGGGCAAGAGUGGCCUACGGGUGUCCAAUGUGGGCCUUGGCACAUGGCCCGUCUUCUCAUCCGGUGUCCCGGAGGAGCAGGCAGAGGCCAUAAUACGAUUGGCUGUGGAGAGUGGAAUAAAUUUAUUUGAUAUCUCCGAAGCCCAUUCGGAGACGGAGCUGGGAAAGAUUCUGCAGAAAUGCGCGUGGAAGAGGACGAGCUUUGUGGUGUCGACGAAGAUCUACUGGAGUACAAAGUCAGAGGAGCGCGGACUAUCGCGGAAGCACAUCAUUGAGAGUGUAAAGGCGAGCCUGCAGCGCCUUCAGCUGCAGUACAUUGACAUUGUGAUAAUUCACAAGGCUGACUCCAUGUGCCCCAUGGAGGAGGUUGUCCGAGCCAUGAACUACGUCAUUUCCCAGGGGUGGGCCAUGUACUGGGGCACAGCACGGUGGUCACCCGUGGAAAUAAUGGAGGCCUACACCAAUUGCCGGCAAUUCAACUGCAUCACACCCAUUGUGGAGCAAGCAGAGUACCACAUGUUCAAUCGCGAAAAGGCCGAACUCUACCUGCCUGAGAUGUACAAUAAAAUUGGUGUGGGACUAAUGGCAUGGGGACCACUGUCAAUGGCACUGGGGGAUACGCAGAAUGGUGAGAGAAUUCUCUUCUCAAAGGGCUCCUUCAAGACAAAGAGCCACAGCUAUUCGUGGACGGAGGAUGAGGCCAAUAAGGAUAGUUUCGGCUGGAGCAAGGAACGCCUCGAGGAAGGACGUCGUCAGGUUGAUAAAAUUAGAGAUGUUGCAACACUUGCUGAGAAGUUAGGUUGUAGUCCAACGCAGUUAUCAAUAGCGUGGUCAUUGAAGCAUGAACCAGUGCAGUGCUUACUCCUGAGCGCCAUAACUCCGGAGCAACUGCAUCAGAGUCUUCAAGCUCUACAACUCUUGCCACGCCUGUCGACGGCUGUAAUGUUGGAAUUGGAGCGCCUGUUGGACAAUAAACCCGUUCGGCCACCACCAAUAUCAACCCUUGCGCUUCGGUGACAAUCAGCCUGCCCCCCGGGGCCACCCAGUUCAACUGGACAACCCUGCGGGGCAGAGUCACCCAAGGAGGAGGACUUGAGCAUAGGUGAGGAACCGAAAGAAGCUUCGAAGAUCAGUUUCUGUGAAAUUCAGUGACGAAAGGAGACCUUAGACAGUAGUAACAAAUUGCAAAUGCCACCGUCAGAGGCCACACAAUCCGAAAAACAGUCCAAUUCAAAUAUCAAUUUAACACGUUCAACGCUAGGUCUUAACACACGCGUAGUUAGUUCAUCGAAUCUAGGUAGCAACGAUAAUGAUAACGAUACCGCACGCCAAUUAGUUGAUAACAUUAAGUCAAUUGAUUUGGGGGCGGGACACGAAGACGCCGCGGCCGCGCGCAAGGCCAUUAAGCGCAAUUCCGCCAGCCUCAUAAGCUUCAAGUCGCUUGAUAUCAAUCUCAAGAGCAUCUAUGCCGGCUUCAGGGCUAAGAAUUCAUCGGGUGAGGGAUCACGGGGUGGUGGGAGUGGUAGCAGUACAGCCCCAUCGAGCGGCAGCAGCAUCCGCCGGACGCCAUACUUGAAGAUUGAGGCUGUGGACAAGGAUGAGGCGGAGUCACUGCUCACGUACUGCCAGAGUCCAGGCAUGAAUCGGAGCCACAGGGGCAGUGUGGACAGAUCACCGGGCUUCCUCAAUAUACACGCGGACCAACAAUCCCAAUCGCAAUCGAGUUCGCCUUACCUCUCCAUCAGUCCACCCCACAUCAGGCGUUCCUCCACAUCUGACAUCAUUGAUAAGAAACCACCUGGAACGGAUAGUCGUCGUCCCAGUACAAGUAGUUUGCUGCGGAAGGCACGCGAGCGUAAGGGGAGUGAAUGUGGGGCUCGUAUGGGGCGGAGUAUCUCACAAGGGGGGCUAACGCGUGGUGGCAAACGCGGUGGGCGCCGCACAAGUAUGGUUUUCUAAAAAUUUAACCAUCUCCAUUCGUGACUCCCACGCUCAAGUCUUCUCUACAACAUCGAAUGGCAAUUUCAAGAUGGCCACAGUUCACACUGAGGGUGCUCUUUACUUUCUCACUGCGUUCUUAUUUUUAACAAUGGCGGUUGAUUGUCGGUUAAUUUAAAUUUGUAGGUUUUUUUUUGACAUGUGCUAGGUGACAGUUGACAGCUUGUUUUUGACAUUUGGUGAAGAUUUUGAUUGUUUUACUGUUUAUUUUGAUGAAUUUUCAAAAAAAAAAUCUAACUAGCAAUGACAGUUGGAAUUUUUUUUAUUAACAAAUCUUUAGAUUUUUUUUAACAUAACUUUUUUAUUACAUUAAUUUUCUUGUAGAUUUUGGUAAAGAAUAUAUAUUUGCAAAUUUUGUGAUUUUUCGCGUAGAUUUUAGGAUAAAAUUAGUUUGUAAUUUACACACUCUCAUGGACAGUAGAUGGCGUUAGUUGUCCAAAUAUCUGAUGAGUUUCUCAAAGAAUUAAUUCAACAUGAAAAAAAUAAA